GUUACAUUCGCGGCCUGAAGCCGAUUCAGUCGUUUUAACGCGCUCGCAUAGUUAACAACUUUCUUACGUUUUCGUUACGUGUCCCCGUUCUUUUCUGAUUCUUUUGAAUGAAACAGAAUCUCCCGCCCUGACUCAAGAAGUUGAACACAAAGUUGAAUUGAAUCCGUGAAGUUGAUUGUUUUGUGGUUGAUCGUGCGCAUAGUGAUUGUAACGGUUGGGUAACUUCCGAAAAUCAAUUAUUCGAGAAAUUAGUGGAUGAUUGGAGUAGAAAAGUGAUUUAUUGGCUUUUGUGACGAUUAACGAGGGUUUGCCAGCUACACAGCGUUCAUGAUGACGGAAACAGUGGUCACGGUCGAUCCCAAUCGCAAUCCUAAUCCAAAUCCUGGACAACAACCAAAACCUGCGGGUGGUGCUUUGAGCUGGUUGAAGUUCAACAUUGACUACUUUACGACCAUUCCUGGAAUUUUGAAAGCAGUGGAGCUGAUCCUUGGCAUUAUUUGCAUGGCCUGUGCAUCACCUGCGUUUAUAUCAGCAACACACUACUUCCUCUUCGUAGCAGUUGUGUCCUUCAUUGCGACAUUGCUUUGGUCGUUCGUUUAUCUGCUGGGAAUCCGUGAGGUUCUUAAUUUGACGAUUAAUUGGAUAUUGACGGAGAUGAUCAAUACAGGCAUCAUAACUCUUCUGUAUCUAAUUGCCUUCAUUGUGCAACUGGCUUCAUGGUCAAGCCUCUACGGAUACGGCAAGGGGUCGAACAUCGCUGCCGGUGUCUUUGGUCUUUUCAACACAUUAGUUUAUGGAUUCGGAACGUAUCUGCUGUUCAUAGAACACAAAAAUAGUUUAUCAAAUUAGAAUAGUGGACUAUCUUUAAGGAUAAGUUUCUUCUUUUGUUUAUCUAACUAAAUUAAAUUCAUCUGCCAAUCCAAUGUACAUGUACAUACUUAUCACAACUAAUUUCCAUUAAGACGUAAUUGGCAGAAAGUCGUUCAAUUGUGUUCUCGAGGCUAGAAAUCGACGCGCGGAUGCGGGGAUUCAAUCUAAAAUUAGCGUUUUUCACAUCUGCAGAUCAAUUGGUUUUUAUAUCGACACGAAAAGAUAUUGCGAUCUAGCAAUCUGAGCUCCCUGAAGUACCAAUGAGCAACUUUCACCCCAAAAUCGACAAAUCCAACAUUUUAUGGGCUAGGAAACACGAAUAAUGUUGAAACGAAGUAUGUGGUAGUAUCUAAGCUGUAAAUUGACGGUUUAUCCUUUUCUUUCUAUUAAAACUUUUCCAUAUUUAUUUUAACUCAUGAAUUUAAGAAUUUAAGGACUAUGAUUCAUCUUUGUUGUAACUACGCCGUAUGUAUUUAUAAAAUGUUAAUAUAUAAUUUUGAGAGGAUUAUAUUUUGAAUAAAGUAAUUUAAACUAGUGUUUAA